AUGACGUGGGGUAUUUGUAUGAUUGUAACGAUAGGUAGUCAAAUUCUUGUGAGCCGUUUGGGGCUUGGUCGGAAUCCUAAAAUAUGGGAUGAGCCUAACAUGUUCAAGACAGAGAGACACCUCGAUGGCCAUGUCAAGAACUCACUGGGUUUGACUCUGUUGGAGCCGGACAUGCGGUUCGUUACAUUCGGCACCGGUCACCGUAGCUGCCCAACCACUAAGAUUGGGACAUCUAUGACCAUCAUGUCGUUAGCCAGGCUUCUCCAAGGGUUCGAAUGGACUCUCCCUAAUGGAAAAAUUCAACUCGAACUCAUCUCAGCGGAAAGUAACUUGUUUAUCGCCAAGCCUCUACUCGGAUCCGCGAACCAAUUUUGGCUCCAAGUUUAUAUCCGAAAAUUCAGAUCAAGAAUUUUUAGAAAAUGUUUGGGUGACAAAUCAUCAAGUGAUAUAAUCUUGUUAAGUACUAUUUAUGUUUUUUAA